AUGUACACUAACUGUUUGUUGUUGGGGCUGGAUCCGUCGAUCAUAGGCGUCGGAACCAACAACGGUACUCCUCGGGUGGGACUAUUCCGUCAUUCCAACCCUAAAUUGGGCGAACAACUUCUCUACUUUAUCUUAUCCUCACUCAGAGGCCCAAUUCAAUCUGCAAAGGACUUCGAUAAAGUUUGGCCAAUUUUUGAUUCGGCGCAAUCGCGUGACUUUAGGAAGGUUGUCCAGGGGAUAAUAAGUGAGCUGGAAUCUCAAGGGGCACUUCCGAGGAGCAAUUCAAGGGUUUCGUCCCUUGCUACGUGUUGUGGACCGAGGUUUGUUGAACUUCUGUGGCAACUUUCUUUGCAUGCUUUGCGAGAGGUCCAUAGACGGAUGUUUGCAGCUGAUGUAGCUUCUAAUCCACUGCCUGCUUCGUUGACAGAUGUAGCUUUCUCACACGCGGCUACACUGCUUCCUGUAACAAAGGCUAGAAUAGCACUUGAAAGGAGGAGGUUUUUGAAAAAUGCUGAGACAGCAGUGCAUAGGCAGGCUAUGUGGUCAAAGUUGGCUCAUGAAAUGACUGCAGAGUUUCGCGGUCUUUGCGCUGAAGAGGCUUAUUUGCAGCAAGAGCUGGAAAAACUGCAUGACUUGAGGAACAAGGUGAAGUUAGAAGGUGAACUGUGGGAUGAACUUGUAUCUAGCUCAAGUCAGAAUUCUCAUAUGGUUCAAAGAGCUACCCGCUUAUGGGACUCUUUAUUAUCUCGUAAGAGUCAACAUGAAGUUCUUGCUUCAGGCCCCAUUGAGGACCUGAUAGCUCAUCGGGAGCAUAGGUAUCGCAUCUCUGGAUCAUCUUUGCUAGCAGCAAUGGAUCAAAGUUCUCAAGUUCCACCUACAGAUCUAGCUUCAACACAUGUAGAUGAUAGAGAGCAAAUUGAUGGGUUCCAAGUGAAUGCAAACAGAGAAAAUCAUAACAAUUUAGAUCAUUCUCAUCUACAAGUAAAGGAUGAAAAAAUAUUGCUAGUGGAUGAUAGAAGUGGAAGAGGCCACCCAACUGUUGAUAUAGCAGAAGUUCUGCGGCGGUGGACACAUGCUUUACAGCGUAUUCAUAAGCAAUCACUUCUUAUGGCAAAGGCAAAUGAUGGAGAUGGCCCAGAGCUUCUGCAAAGUCCACAUGAUGGUGCUACAAAUGGCCAUGCUGAAUCUUUGGCCACAACCCUUGCUGAACAUCGGCAACACCUAGCUAGCAUACAGGUGCUUAUCAAUCAACUGAAGGAAGCUGCUCCAGCAAUACAAAACUCAAUAUCAGAGCUUACAGAGGAAGUAAAGAGUAUUUCUACCAAUUUUGCACCAGUGAUCAAACAUCACGGCAGACCAACCUCACCUAUCCAAGCACAGAGCAGUGGGAGGACACUGGAAAGUAGCACUGAUGAGGUUGCUGAUGUGACUUCGAGAUUGGCAAUUGUUCAACUUGAAAAAGUUGCAGCUAGUUCCCCAGCUCUGAAACUGCCACCUUUGUUCAGUUUGACACCAACUUCUGGUAAAGGUGGGAACGUGCAAAAGCGACAGAUCCUAUCUCAGGCCAGCCAAAUAGAUAAUAUGUCAGAAAGGAAGUCUGUGGACAAGUCACUAUUAAACAGCCACAUGGUUAAUCCACCACAAGAGAGUGAUAAUUCGUAUGUCCAGAAUUUGAAGAGAUCUGUCAGAGAAGCCGCUUUGUCAGUGCAAUCCAGCAAUUUGGAGUCAUCACAAGACAGUCGUUCUGAUGAUAGCUCUGAGCACUUCUUUGUACCACUUUCAGGGACUGGGUUUUUGCAUAUUGGCGCAGAAAAGAAGCUGAAUCCAAGGAGUAAACAGUUAUUUACCUCGCAAACAGAAUCUCCCUUGCUUGAGACUCGUGCGCCAGAAAGACAUUUUGGGAGCGAGUAUGAUGGAUUACCAGACAUGUUGAGUAGUUUGGAUUCACUUCAUGACUAUGAUUGUGGAAAUGGUUUUCUUUCGGUUGCUGGUUCCAAUGGUGCAGUGUCUGAUGCCCAAAGCUCAUUUUAUGACAUUGAGGAAGCUCAAGAUCAAGUUUUCUCACCUCCUUUGCUGAUGGACACGUCACUGUUUGCAGAUUCUUAUGAGGACUUACUUGCACCAUUAUCAGAAACAGAGACGGCCUUGAUGGAUCAUUGAACACAUAGUCAGGGCAAUCUCGCUAUUGCAUUCUCCAGGAGAUGUUUCAGUCACUGUAACAGUUAUGUUUUCUUUCCUCAAUUGGGAUAUGCUUUUCUGCAACUAGUUUUAGUAUGGCGUGGAGCUUGUAUGAUUCCUCUCUUCCUUAUUCCCACUUCGCAUUUCUUCUCUAUGCUCUCCGCAAUAUUUUGCAAACAAGUUUUUGGAGUGGAGGUGAUCAUGAUUAUAUUGCUGCAUUCCCGGUCAUGCUCUGUGGAUACCUGGACUUUAAAUGUUUAUAUUAUGGCAGUGCAAAUCUGUGUCUUGGAGGCUAAACCGCUGCUUAACUAGAUUAUCACUGUCAAGUCAGAAAUUUUCUUGAACGACUUCUACCCGAAAUGGAAAAAAGCUAAGGUAUGAUGGUUGAAGCCAGAGAUCUGGUGAAUCGUCCACUUGGAGACUAAUUUUCCACUUGAGUCUCGGGCAUUGAAGCAUGAAUCCUUCCGAGUUCAUGAAUCCCUGUAUUGGCUAAUUCUCACUCAUUGACAAUUCUCCAUAAAGUCAAGUUCCGGCAAUGUGUUGUACGGGCGGCUUCAGCUUCUCUAUUUUGACCAUCUGCCUUGAUUGGCCCCAUUGCGGUAAAGUGGAUCAAACUGUUCCUUCCAAUAUUGCUUUAUAUUGACUUUUUCUGGUUGUGGCUUGCCGAAAGUGUACACUUACGAAUGCCCAGUCCUGUACUCAAUACAAUCCAAUUUCCAAUCUUGAAAAUACCACCAGAUUUCAGUCGCGGAAAUAACUUGUGUACGCAGAUAAAAUAACAUAUGUCUUACUCUCUUUAGAUUAACAUAGAUGGAAGUCUCGUGUAUUGGAUAAAUUUUUUUUUUUUUAAGUGGUGAUCAAAUGUAUUAUGAGGAGAAGGGAGCCAUUGGCUGGGUUGUAACUCACUACCAUGGUUAGGCUGUCAAUUGGCAACUAUUUUGGUUGAUUUAGUCAGGUGCAUUGUAUCUGUACACCCAGUUGGACUUGUGCGUCUGAGUAACAUUAUCGGCUAAGAGAUUGAUUUUUUUUAUUUUUUUGAUCAGGCUAGGAGAUGAGUUUGAAAAUGUGAAGGUG